GCAUUUUGGUGCAAACACAAUUUUUAACGAACUUCGUCGCACAUUUAUUUUGCAUAUUUUCCGAAAACAAGCGAGCAGUAUUUUACAAGACUAUUUUCAAAAUAAACUUGUGUUUUGAUUUUUCUAUAGUGAAAAGAAAGGGGCUUUAACAUUUUUUGGUGAAAAAAUUGUGAAAAGAACUAGGAAAUAAGAUCGUCAAACCGACUGAGAGUGGCAUUUCAUAGCAGCAGGAAGUUUUAAUUAGAUUUCCCGAAUUAACAAAACAUAAAACAGCGAUGGAGUCGCCACCGAUGUUUAAUAGCGUUGAGGAUGAAUGUCGGUAUUGGAAGGAGCGCGCAAAGCUUUACCACAAAGAAUGGACAGAUGUGAAACAAGAAUACGACGAGUACGUGGAGCAGUCGCGACAGAUGGAGGCAGAAAUGGAUGCUACACUUGAACAGAAACAGAGUAUAAUCAAAGAUCUCAGAUCGACACUUUCUUCACUAGAGAAGGAAAAUGAAUCCUUGAAGCUCAAAUUACAAUCUCAUGCCAUUGAGUUGGCCAAUACAGAAAGACAGUUGGAAAAUUUGAGAAACGAGCGUGAUACGCUGAAAUUGUACCUGCGCCAAUUGGAACAAAAGAAUGAUGACCUAGAACGGGCGCAUCGCAUACUCAACGAAAGCAUUGCCGACUUCGAAACAAUGUUGGACAAAGCUUAUGAGAAAAAUGCACUUCUGGAAAUGGAGGUAGAUGAAAAAGAAAUGCUGCAGGAGAAGCUACAGAGACUCAUGGAUGAAACAAGAGAUUUAAAACAAGAACUGAAUGUAAAAACGCGUAACCCUCUAAGUGGUUCAGUUAGUAAUUUAUCAGAAACGACAACACAGUCCACAGCUGUACUAAAUGGUACUGUCAACAAAGGCGAUAUCACCCAUGAUACCAUCAGCCCUAAUAAUACCAGUCUUAGUACCACUCUCAAUAACAUCAGUCUCAACAAUACCAGCCUUACAAAUACUUUGAGCAACAGUCCAACAGUUAUACCCAAUUAUGGUGAACAACAUUCUUUGAAAAAAAAACCCUUUUCAGAUUCUUCUAACUUACUCAAUGGCAAUGCAAUGACGCCAGGCUCUCGAACAACAGCACUCAACAUAGUUGCAGACAUGCUGCGGAAAUUAAAUUUGGAUAAGACACUUUUAUGUUCGCAAUGUGAAAGAUUUCGUUGUAUCUGUGAUCGUACCGUUGCUGCUGCUGCCGAUUCUACAAGCAGUAGUGCCUCCACACCUGUGGCUGAUGGUGUAGGUCGCCUUAGACGAAGUAUUACGAGCACAUUUGGCAGCAAUAACUCUGUCGAUACAAAUGCUACCAUGACCUCCAGCUCCACAAACAACUCUUGCGCUGAAUACGAUGCCGACGUCGCUGAUGUUUCUCUGCGUCGUACCACAAGUCGUAGUAGUUCGAGUCUAAACUUUGGUACAAAUGUUUUUAAGCGCUUUGCAGAGCGCAUGAGUGGGGGAAAUGGAAAUUUCCUGAACUCAACAAAAACACCUCCACGCACAACAAUUACAAAUAUUCCGAAACCGAAUGAACUAAACUAAGAUUAUUACAUUACAUCCUAUACAUUAUUAGUUUUGCCUUUGUGUUUUUUUGUUUAUUUUUUCCGUAUUCGAAAUGCAUUUAAUACGUUUUUGUUACAAUAAAAGUUUUAUAUGCUUUUUUUUAUAAUACAUGUAGUAUUCAUGCUAUUUUUGUGCACUUUGAAGCCGGCGAAGGUGAAGUUAACAAUUAAAACCGAUUUGUUGUGGAGUUGGGGGAAACGAGUCGAAAUCGACGUGCCAAAAAUUUGUCUACUAAUUGCGCCUACGCGGUACAAGCACUCGCACUCUAGCAGCACCGACAAAAGGGAAGUUAUUCAUUCGGAGCCCCCGCCAAUAUAAACGGUUAGAUUGAGUCGAGUAAGUUGAGUUUGACGGCAACUUUUAAAAGAUUAGGUAAUCGUGAUACGAGUUGAGAAGGCGCUACAAGACAACGACUUGCGCUAGAUAACAGCUACUUCCAAAUUUUGAAAUCUCUACUUUACUUGCUUGUACAAGUUAUUUGCAUAGUGAACAAAGCUAAAAUAAAAU